UCGCCCUCGUGAGGUGCAAUUUUAUAUUUCGCAAUCGGCUUAAAAUUUGAAACACGUUUACUGAUGUAGUGUUAUCAAUUAAAAAUGCCUAUUGUAGCUUACUUGUAAGCGUUAUCCUAGCUCAAGUACCUUAGAAUUCCGUAAAGCAUGUCCACUAUUAAAUUCAUUCUGAAGGAUUUAGGUGUUAUGAAGAUAUGGAGUGUCUGGACGCGAAGAUAUAUUGUUAGUACGGUUGUUAGGCGAUGUAUACGUGACCGUGGCUUCAGAGACGUGAUACUGCGUUUCAAACACACGAUAUUACGCCAGCGUAGAACUCUUAUGCUUGCGGCGACUGCCGCAUACAAAAAUCAUUCGGAAACCCCAGGCUGUGAACAGGGGAUCAGUGACGAUGAAAUGCAGACACUGGUAUCGGAGCUGGAGAAUGUGCAGAAUCUGGCCAAGAUGACACUCUACUGUACAAGCUGCGGCAAGAGGCUUGUGAUAGACAAGAAGCAUACAGGAGUGCGGUAUUGUGUGUGCAAAGAUCCUAAGCCCGAGGGGGGUUCAUCCGAAGGCUGGGUGCCCUACAUGGAGACGGAGGACGUUAUAAUAUGGCGCAAGGAAUACAAGCCCGGGAAAGGCCUAUAUGCUUACAAAGUGUACGGCCGGUACCCAGAGGUGCAAGCGAGCGACUUCGCAGCUGUACAAAUAGAUGGUGCUUACCGUCGCGUGUGGGAUUCGGCGGUGGCGGCGUUGGCGGUAGUGCAGACAAAUGUCAGCGGGAUACCGGGCCAAGCUGUCUUGCACUGGGAAGUGCUGUGGCCGAGACUAUUCGCGAACCGUGACUACGUCUACAUAAGGCGGCACAAAGAGUACGAUAUCAAAACCACCUCCCCACCGCCCAUAGCUGUUAUAGACGACAAUCUCGCCUACCCAACGAGCGUCCACGCGAAAGCAAAACGGAAAUCCAUGCAGAGCUACGCGCAAGAGGGUGUCAGAGAGAUAAAGAACAAAGUGUAUAUAAUUUUGAACAAAUCAUGCGAACAUCCCAAAGUGCCUGAAACGAAGCACGCUAUACGUGUGAACGAGUAUUGGAGCCAUAUGGUCGUUAAGACCGUGGAUGGUACUGAAAAGCCGGGAAUGGAGUUUGUCCUCACGUACUACGACGAGCCAGCGGUGGGUGGGAUGCCGGGCGGGGUCGCAGCGUGGGCAAGCAGUCGGGCUGCACCUCUAUAUUUGGAGAGAAUGAGGCGUGCGGCCACCGACUACAGAGCGUGGGCAGCGGAUAGGACCACGCAAGAGUUACCGGAUUUCAUCCCGUUCGGUCCAGACCAGGUUCACAACGAGCAGGCAUUGCAGAGACAAGAGCAGGAUAUGGAGUCAUCCAAACGGGGACCUGACCUAGAGAACGGUGUAACAACGCGCGAUCAAAGCUCACAGACGGACGCCUAUCUACUGCAGAACUAUUUGGCAACAACUAAUAAGGAUGUCGGAGGUGAAUCCAAAGACGUUAAGAAAGUCAACGGAGACCAAAAAGACGUAAAGAAAGACAAUGGAGGCUCGAAAGUCUUCAAACAAGAUGAAAAUCAUCAAGAAGAGAACAUAAAAGAGGUGGAACAAGAGAAAGAUAUUAAACCAGAUUCUGCAGGAGAUGAUAAGAGUGGCAAUGGUGACGUAAAGAAUGUUGAUAAGCGAAAUGGUGAUCAGAGGAGUGAAGGAGAUGGCGAUAAGAAAUCUGUGAAUGGUUAUGAAAAGGAAUCAAAGCACACGCAAGACGGAGAAAAGGAUAGCGAAAAUCCAACGGAAGAGGGAGAGAACAAUGGCGGGUGGUGGCGGUAUCUAUAUCCGUUUUAUUAUUUCGUAUGAUAUACGAAAAAUGGCGUCAGCAUAUACUAGAAACUUUCCUAUCGUCCUGUACGUAGAAACGCAUUUUAUCUAAACUCCAAGUUACCCUGAGCGUAAACUAGCGAGCGACGCCGUGCGACCCGAUACUAGUGCUUGAGACUCGACGCCAUGAGAAUCGACGCCAUGAGACUUAACGCCAUGUGAUUCGACACAUUCGACUCGUCGUCAUGCGACAUGAUAUUUGUGCUACGACGCCAUUCAACUUAAAGCUUUGCAUUUCGACGCCAUGCAUAUCGGAUGUCAUGUGACUACGCUAUACAACUCGAUGCCAAUCGACGCCAUUCUACUUGACGCGGUGCCAUUCGACGCCAUGCAAUUUAGAGUCAUGAUACCUAACACUAGGAUAACGCUCGUGGAAUCGGCUGUACGAUUCAGAAACUCAACAAGGUCGUUUAUAAUACAAAAUUAUCAAUUUGACACUUCCACUCGUCGCAAUUUUUUUAUGGAGAUGACAGUUCCUCAUAAUCUGUCAGAAUCAAUGAUAAAUUAAUAAGGAAUAAUAAGGAAUGGACCACAGAUGCUAUAGUUUAUUACGAUAAUCUGGGGGCAAUAUGCUAUCGAUAUAUAUAGUUAACUAGCUGUCCCGGCGAACUUCGUACCGCGGAUCAUUUUUUUAUAAGGUGUGUUAUAUUUUAAUACUUAUGCUAUUCCGGUCUAAGAGGAAU